CCGCCGCCAUAACUUUGGACAUAUGUACAUACUGGUGUGCUGUUUUGAAUGACGCAACUUUAAGCUCCUCCCUGUGAUGUUUUGAUGGAGGAACCACUAAGCACCGUGCCUGCCUACUCGACGGACAAUAAUCAGAGGCGUACCGUUUGAAACUAUAAACAUGUCCCGACCUACCAGGAGUAAACUUUCCCCAUGGAUAGAGAGUCUGAUCCUGAACUAUGGCAGCCAGGAUGGAGGCAGCAGCAGCGGCCGGUUGAAGGCUCAAGUCAUCGGAGUGGGUCAGAUGUCUCAGUCCCAGGCUCAGGGCUCUGAGGGGCCCACUGGGCUGCUCUUCCUGUCCGAUGGGGUGCUCCAGAUCCCAGCCAUCCUCACCACAUCAGCCUGGGAGCACCUUCAGGAUCAGGAGGAGCGGGAGUGCUUUACCAGUCUGCUCAACCACACAGUGUGCAUCCAGAAUUACACGCUGCAGUUCCACAUGGGCCCCGAGCAGACUAAAUGCAGGUUCUUCUUGUCAGUAGGAGAGCUGGCUACAACUGCAGCAGGUCCGGUUAAAGAUAGCACCCCUUGCUGCACAACAUUGCCCUCAGUCAGGCAGAAGAUCUGUGAGACAUGGAGGGCCCUGAUGGGUCAGGAGGGGCAGGAAUCCCAGAGCCAGUGUGGGUUUGAUCUGACUGAGCUGUUGGGGGAGUGGCAGCAUGACUGUCUGCAGUCUGUGCUGGAGGACAUUAAGGAGAGGCUGAUGAAAGCAAGCUAUGCAGUGGAGCCACAGCCCUCCACCUCAACUUUUACUCCUUCCCUCACCUGCCCAGACACAUUUGCUGCCAUAAGCUGGGAUAUUGAAAGGAUCAGAGACAAGAGAGAGAAAUGUUUCACUGUUCCUAUGAACUAUCUUCUCAUUCCUGAGGAAGAUGCUCAGCAUCUGCAAGAACAUCUGGAUGUUCCAAGCAGCACACUGAUUGAGGUUUCAGCAGGAUUUGAAGAAAGAUCAAGAGAUUUACCUCAAAUUCUUGAGACAGCGAAGCCCUCUGUUGAUGAUGACGAUUGGCGAAUAGAGGGUCCAGCACUCAGACAGGUAGACUGUGUCACAAAUGAGAACCCACAACUUGACGAGGAGGAUGAUGUGCUAGAUGAGGUCAUAAUCACAAGGUUGAAUGAGGGUAAAAUCAGACCACUGACCAAUCCUUGGGACAUGUUUCCUCCACCUGAUGAAACCUCCUCAGAAGACGUAUCCCCAUGUGCAACACAGGACCACCCACCUGUUGGCAUCUUAACAAGCACUCGACUUCCUACCCACAGCUCGACAGCAACCCCGCAGACCUCUGAGCUGAACAGCAAAGGAGAGCAAAGCGAGCUUCUGCCAUACCAGAAACCUCCAAGCUCAACCUGCCUCCCUGUCACUGUCAGUACUUCAGCGUCUACCUCUGUGACUCCACCAGAACCCUUUACUAGACCAGAUGAAGCCCGUGCUGAACCAGAAAAGACUAAUCUUUUAGCUUCAGAGCAGGAAAGCCCGAUAUUUGAGGAGGUCAUGGUGGAGGGUGUAGAGAGAAAAUGCAGGAAGGCAAAGAGAAAGAGAAGCGAGCCCUCGGCAGAAGCACAAAACCUCCUAGCAGAGGAGGAGGAAGCUCAGGUUAGCGGGAGUCCUCCAUCUUGGCUUUUUGAGUCUAAGAACAGCUCUGGGCUUGAGGAGGGCAGCAGUCACCAACCAGACAAAACUAUAGAGCCAUUAUGUAGAAAGAUUUCUACAGUUCACAGCGAUGGAAAGAAGUUCUCUUACUCAUACCAAGUGUCUGGGAAGAAUUUACAAGACUUCAGUAAAUGUAAAAUCUCUGAAUCGUUGCUGAACUGGGCUGUGAAGUAUCUUGUCACUCCAAGGCAGAUGGAUAAUCAACACAACACGUCAGCAACCUCCAAUCAGACAUCUUCUGACAGGACUGAGAUCACUCCACUUUAGGUUCAGUGUUUAAAGGCAGUUAAAGUUCUCUGUUUUUAUUACACCUUCUGUUUUCAACAUAAUGGAUGUGAUGAGAUACACUGAAUCGAUUUAAAAGGAACCCCUAGUGCUUCUAAUAUUGGCAAAAAUAAGACUCCAGCUGAAGAAAUAUCUUUAUAUAUUCCAGAGCAGCUCAGAUAAAGUCCAUUUUGAUCAUCUUUAAGAUGCAUCCUUUAAUGAUAUUUUUAAAUAUCAAUUUGUGUAACGUUUAUAAGGAAGUUGCACAUGUUCACUGUGACAUUUUAUGCUGUUCCAGCCAAAAUAAACACCAUACAUUUGUUGAAAGUUUUAUUUUAUUGUGUUACUUUAACUUCACUUAACCUUUAACUGCACUUCUGAAAAUGAUUCAUUUUUUACUUUCACUUAGUUAAUUCUAUUUGUUGGCAUCUUUUGGUCUCAAGCCCACUCUGACCCAUG